GAGCCGCAGAACUGAGGAGGAGAAGACAGUCAGUCCGCAGGCACCGCGGAGGAAACACAACCGAGCAUUUUUAAAGAAGCAGCGAUGGCAGCUGGGAGAAUGCGCUCCACCCGCAGACUGCGCUCCUGGAUCGUCGAGCAGGUCAGCAGUGGCAAAUAUCCGGGGCUGGUGUGGGAUGACGAGGCCAAAACCAUGUUCCGCAUCCCCUGGAAGCACGCGGGGAAACAGGACUUCCGCAAAGACGAAGACGCCGCGAUCUUCAAGGCGUGGGCAGAGUUCAAGGGGAAGCUGACAGACGGGGGCCAGGACAACCCGGCCGCUUGGAAGACCCGUCUGCGCUGCGCCCUCAACAAGAGUCCUGAGUUUAAGGAAGUGAUGGACCGAGCCCAGCUGGACAUCUCAGAACCGUACAAGGUGUACCGCCUGGUCCCCAUCAGCGAGCAAGCGGUCGAUGAGAUCAGGUUGGACGUGCGGAUUGAGGAGAGUGUGACCACUCCUGUAGGAGCCCAGGACUCCUUCGAUGUGGCCGUUUACUAUUUAGGACAGGAGGUGCUCAAACGUCAGAUUCAGGGCACCGAUGUGCGGAUAACGUACCUGCCCUCCUCGCCUAUUCCCCCCACGCCACUCGUCCUGAAAGCCAGGUUCCCACGCAUCCCGCUACCCGAGCCGCCCUCCACGUUGCCGGCCGGUCCGGAGCUGCAGGCCCUCUUCACCCUGCUCCCCUUCAUGGAGAAAGGGGUGGUGCUGACCUCCACUCAGCAGGGAGUUUACGGCAAGAGGUUCUGCCAGGGGCGGGUCUUCUGGACAGGGCCGCACACGACCAUGCCGGACCUGCACAAGAUGGAGAGGAACACAGAGCCGGUGCUCCUUUUCAAUAAAGAAAUCUUCAAGCAACGUGAGUCAGAAAUGAGCCCUCCCCAGUUUGGCUUCACCCUGUGUUUCGGAGAAGAGCUGAGUGACUCAGAGGACCCUUCCAAAAAGCUGAUCAUUGUUCAGAUCACUCUACCGUGGGAAGAACAGCAGGUACAGAACGCUCAGUCCAUCUUUGAAUCCAUCACCAUCCUCCAGUCUCUGGCCAGCCAGUCCCCGCUGGGAGAAAUAACCCUGAACCUCGUCACGGUGCCUUCGCCAACCAACGAGAGCAUCGGCUGCGGGACUUUCUAAGCACUUUGAUGGGUGGCAUUUGAAAAAUAAGACACAUUUCCCCCUUAUUAUAAAUCCGACAGCUAGAAGGAGUUUUUUAUUUUAUUAUUCUAAUUAAGACAGAUUAUAAUAAGAUAUCAAAACAGGAACCUGCAGUUAUUUUCUGUGGUAAUUGGGGUUUUUUUUCAUAUUGCCCAACACGUUGCACAGAAACGGAUGCAUAGCAUUUAAGAGAAAUAGGAAAUCAAAUGGUGAACUAAUAUAAAGGGGACCUAUUCUGCUUUUCCUUAUUUUUGCCACAGUGGUCAAAACCCAUAUGAAAAAAGUCUACAAGAGUAGAUUUACCCAAUACUGUCAUAUUACACACAUAGUUUUGACCGUUAGCACAGAAACAGCCCUCACUGAAAACAGGAAACUGCAGCUCCUGUUUCCAGUGAGGGCUGUUUAAGAGGGACAGCCAAUCAGAAAAAAGCUGGCUUGAAGAGGGAGGAGCAUUUGGAUAAGAGGGUGGAGUGACUGAAACCGUAGCACAAACUUGUGCCUCACAACAGGCUGUAUUCUUUAUCAGACAAUAGCAUCAACAAUGCUAAAAAUGCUAAGAGAACAAAAGAUCGCGUUUACAGGAGAAACUUUCCAUUCAGACUAAAAUACUUUUUGUCUCAGGCUGUUUUUAUGCUUCCAGGUGAGCUGAAAAUUUUAACACAGGGAUUGACUCCCUUUUGUAACCAGCAGCCUCAAGUGGCCAUUAAAAAAACUGCACCUUUUGACGCUGCUGCAAGACGUCCUGUAAAACAAAUAGGACUUAUUUUGAACUGUGAAUCAUGCAAAGCUCCCGGAGUAAAAACAGAGUUGGAAAUAAGCAUUAAUAGGUCCUCUUUAAUAUCAGUUUUGGGGUGCACCUUCUUUUUCAUUUUAGAUAUUAGUUAGUGUACUGGUAACACUACAUGUAAGCCAACACUUAGAAGCUUUUUAUACUCAUCGUGCAUCUCAGAAUGUGAUGUAAGCAGCAUGCCGAUCAGAGCUGACCAAUCCUCUUCCUGUAAAUUCCUCUCGUUAACUACUGGGUCGUUUUAGAUAUUAUAAGUCUAUUGUUUUGGUUAGGGAUUGGGGGUGGAGCCAUUUAGUACUGUAGACGCUGCUUAAGU